AUGGCUGCAAAUUGGCCGUCACAGAGGUCGGCUCCAUUGGAAGGCCAUGGCGGCUUCGGCGAGGGCGAGGUGGCGAUGAAGAUCCUGCUCGCAGAGCUCCACUGCACCAAGGUCGAUGCCCAAGGUCAUGUCGCAUGCACAAAGUUGCACCAAAAGCUGAAACGUGUGUGGGUACAAGGAUACGUACUAUGCAGGGACGGUGACGACAUCGUGGACCUGGACGAUGGCUCAGCAGUGAUGAGCUUAGACGUGGGAGGGCUGAUCUCUUCGAGCCCUGCGACCAGCGCAGCGCUCCAGGCGGGGCGGUACGUCUCGUGUGUGUGUGCGGUGGAGUUCCAUGCCCAGGAGGGAAUUCUGGACCUGCACGUGGAAAGCGUGUGUCCCUUGGACGAUCCAGGCGAUUCGCUGGCCGAGCCCUUCUGGUUUCUCGAGGUCGCCCGGUCGCACCAGCUGAGAGCCUCCAGCACCGCUCGUCCUUAG